GUUAAAUGACACAUGUGUUUAUUUACACGUGACAUGCAAUAAUGUUCGGUUUAAUUAUUAAUAAUUAAUUUUUAUUUAGAUUAGUCACUUUGUGCAUAAAUAACGUGACAGAUGGUUUAAUCUGGAAUGUGAUAAGAUUUAUCACGAGAUUGAUUUUUAUAGAUUGAAGAUAAUUUUAAAAUAAUAUUUCCAUUUUGCAGAAGAAUUUUUAAUUAAUUUACUGUCACACGAAGGUUAUUAAGAUUAAGAAAUAUGAUUUGGCUAUUUCAAAUUUCCAUUGCUAUCCUUUGCAUUAUUCCUUUUAUUGGAUGCUUAAAUAAUGGUUUAGCUAUAACACCCCCAAUGGGAUGGUUAUCUUGGGCACGAUUUCUUUGUAAUGUUGAUUGUAAAGAAGAUCCUUAUAACUGCAUCAGUGAAUCAUUGUAUAUGGAAAUGGCUGACCGUCUUGCAUCAGAUGGCUUUAAAGAAGCUGGUUAUGAAUAUGUUAAUAUUGAUGAUUGUUGGAUGAGUAAGGAACGAGAUGCUAAUUCUCAAUUAGUAGCUGAUCCUGAUCGAUUUCCUCAUGGAAUCCAAGCUCUUGCUGAUUAUGUUCAUUCUAAAGGAUUAAAACUUGGAAUUUAUGAAGAUAUUGGCACAGAGACAUGUGGAGGGUAUCCAGGAAGUGCAGGCCAUUUUGAUAUUGAUGCUCAAACAUUUGCAAAAUGGGGAGUAGAUAUGUUAAAAUUAGAUGGUUGUUAUGCUGAUCCAAAAAGUAUGGAUAAAACUUAUCCUCAAGUAACAGCUGCUUUAAAUCAUACUGGAAGACCAAUCUUAUUUUCUUGCAGUUGGCCUGAUUAUCAACAAGCAUCAGGAAUGAGUACAGACAAAAUAAACUUUAUUAUGCCCGACACCGCUAGGCACAGUCGGGAUGAAUAUAUACAGUGUGUACAUAGAGGUGACAUGCCGAGCAGGAAAACCGACAGUGAGCGUAAAAGAAAAGAAAUCAAAAUACACGUAGAUAUAAAAUUCUGAUGUCAGGAGUCAUGCGGUAAAUAAAAGUGAGAAAAAACGUUUAUCAAUGUAUUAAUGUUCUGUUAAAGUAAAGCUUGACCAUCCUUUGAAAAAGGGAAAAGUACUUUUUACUCGACACUAAAAUUUCCAGCUUACACGGCCAAUUGAGAUUAUCUUUUUCCACGUAAAGUUUGAGCUCGUUCCUUAUGUCCUCCAGCAGUGGGCAAGACAAAAGAUAAUGCCUUACUCCAUUACGCACAUCGCAGUUUGGACAGCAGUCAGUGUCGCUGUGUAGAAACCGAUGUAAGUAUACAUUGAAUUUACCAUGUUCUGAGAGCAGCUGUGACAUCUGGUGUUGAGGGUGGACCCAUUUCAAGCUGAGGGGU